AUUCUCCUUUGCUCUUUGGAUGCAUAUUCGCUUGAGCCUUCGUGUAAAACCGUUUGCGCAAUGGAAAUAAAAGGUUUCCACCAGCAUCAGCGCGCACAAAAUUUUUGUUAGCCGUCGUCAAGCAAAGGAGAGGGACACACUGCGAAAUAAACGGCGCCAUAUUUAUCGAGCCCGAUUUUCCAGUUAAAUUCGCCAGUGUUUUAUUUAUUGUAUACGGUGGCUAACAAGCUUUAUUUCGCAGUCGCAGUAUAAUCUGGAAAGCCUUCGUUGGGUGUUGGCGCAUAAUUUACGUUUAUCGCAGCGGCAGCAGUUUCACCUUUAUUGCAAAUAUUUAAAGCGACUUGCCAUACGUAACAUUUGCAUCACGCCAUCGAUUUUAUUGUUUUUUGUCUUGGAAGAUGACACGUGAACUUCCACGCCGGUGCACCCGCUCAAAUGCGGAAAACGAUUCCAACGACGCCACCAGCCAAGCCAGCAGUGAAAGCAAUACCACUGCAUCAAACGCCGCUUCAACCUCCGAAGUACUUGUUACUGCGACUACCAGCGGAGCCCCAGCCAGGGCCUCCACCACUACCAUUGGAAAUGCUAAUACCCCAGCCAGGGAUUUUAGCGUUGCUGCUCCAGCUCCAUCUCCAGCCGGAGCCACGAAGAACCUCCCGGCUAUGGAAGCCAGUACUAUAGCUUCAUCUGCCAUCGGAGCCACUAAGGUUACCUCAGUGAGGGAACCCACCAAUACUGCUCCCAAUGUGACCGUAGCCCCCAAUGUUGUCCCAGCCAGGGAACCAAGCAACGCCGCCCCUACUGGCACUGGAACCGUCAAGAAGGUUCCUACCUCCACAGCGUCUGGAGUACCCAAAGGCUCCUCGACUAUCAAAUCUCGACCAGAAAAUGAUCUCUUGGCAAUGGAAAGGCGAAUCGCUUUGCUAGAAAGAAUGCUAAAGGAACGUGAUACGCAGUUCGAAAUGGUGAAAGUGGCGCUCCAAGGUAACGGUGAUAACGGUAGCAGCGCUGCCACGAUACACAGCGACGUCGCAGCGCAGCCGUCGCCUACGUUGCCGUCAACACAACCGCAAUCCACGCAGCCGGUAACUGUGCAUACAGAUGCGGGGCCAACAGUCGCCGAAGCCCGUUAUCUGCCGCCAGUCAGUACAGCUACCGUGUACAAUUCAGCCAACAUGCCAUCAGACGCUUUCAGUAUCACAUCUACACCGCAUUAUAUGAACGCUGCCUCAACUGCUCCUGUUGAGCCAAUUUCCAACCGUUCGUCUCACGUUCCCUUUCAGUCCGCUUCUGCCUACACGGGUUAUGGGAACAUGCAGUUCUUGCCUCACGAUUCUAGGGUGUUAAGCAAGAUAAUUGAUUUGCCAGAAUUUGGUGGAAAGGCCGAGGACUGGCCUAUAUUCCACGCAGCGUUCGUUGAGUCAACAGCGGCCUACGGCUACACCAACUUCGAGAACAACCAGAGGCUACGGAAGUGCUUGAAGGGCGAGGCACGCGAAGUGGUGAAAUCGCUGCUCAUUCAUCCCAGCAACGUCAGCUGCAUCAUCGACCAGUUACAGUUCAGGUUUGGCCGGCCGGAGCAGCUCAUACGCAGCCAGUUGGCUCAAGUGCGCGAGAUUGCCCCUAUUUCCGAAAAUGCGAUCGGGAAACUGAUUCCAUUCGCCACGAAGGUGAAGAACAUCUGCGCCUUUCUUCAGUCUGCCAAUGGUGAAUAUCAGCUUUCUAACCCGACUCUUCUCGAUGAGCUCAUUGGAAAAUUGCCUGUGAGUAAGCGGAUUGAGUGGGGUACCUUUGCAUCUACAAUCAAGCCUCGGGCCACUGUGGUCCACUUUAGCGAAUGGAUCAGUUCACUUGCCAACGUGAUCUGUAUUGUUUAUGACGAGGAGCACGGACGAGAUUCGAAGCGUAGAGUGGUCCUACAUGUAGAUAAAAAGCAGCAUACACGAAGAUGCCCAAUCUGUCAGGGUGCUCACACAGCAAUUGAGUGCAAACGCUUUAUUGAGUCAACAGUAGCAGACCGAUGGAAGGAAGCAAAAUCACGUCGCUUAUGUUUCGCCUGCCUGCAAGCCGGUUACUCGACACGUGAUUGCCAUCGAAGGAAACCGUGCUCCAUCAAUGGGUGCCCUCGAAUGCACAACAAAUUGCUUCAUGAGGUUUCAGGCAGUAUGAAUAACUCGCAGUCAGAACCAGCACCGAGUAGCAAUGGGGGUGAAGCACUAUCGCAGCGUGCGGCACGCCAACAGCACAGCAGUAGUCAUACGCCAGCGCAACAAGUACCUCAACACCAGCAUUCAUCGAGUGACACAGAAGCUGCAGUUCUAAGCUUUUCCGCUAACGCAUUUGAAGGUAAGCUGUUGUUUCGUAUACUACCGGUCACUUUAUAUGGAAAGCACAAGAGCAUCGACACAUACGCUGCUGGAUGA